UCAAACGUUCAAGUCAUUGGUGAUGGAUGCAAACGUGCCCUCAGAGACUCUGCAGCAUCAGAGUAAACUGAUGGAGACCAUCUCCAAACUUUUCAACAAUAAUCAACUCAGUGACAUCAAUUUGAUGGUGAACUGUAAGCUUGCCCUGAAAGCUCACAGAUUUGUCUUGGCUGUGCACAGUGAUGUCUUCAAAUCCAUGCUCGACAGUGAACGUUGGCCUGAUUCUGUAGACCAUGUUGUUCACCUGACUGAGGACGAGGACUGUCUUGCCCACUUUGAAGAAUUUGUGAGUUACCUCUACAGUGGGACAAUCACACUCGACACUGAGAAUGUGCUACCCCUUCACGUUUUAUCAGAGAAGUACAACGUCCAGGAGCUGAGAGAAAGUACUCAGAGCUUCAUGUUAGUUAAUGUGACAUCCCCAAGCACUUAUAACCAUGCCAUUACUUGGCACAAAUAUGCCAACCUGAUUGGCCUUCGCCAACUGGAAGAAGAAUGCCUUAAGUUUAUAACCUGGAAUACCAACACUGUGAUCAAGUCACCAGACUGGACACUGUUAGAACCAUAUCAACUCUCUGCACUGCUCCAAAGAUCCGACAUGGUGGUCGAAGAUGAAGUGGUCCUUUUUCAAGCCCUGGUGAGUUGGCUCUCCCUGCAUCCAAACUAUGCUGAGGAAAUGUUGGCCCAUAUUAGGUAUCCGAUGAUGCCUCCUGAGAAACUGUUUGACCUGUUAAGCCCGGGAAGCCUACCUGACAGCAUUGCAUCCUACCUCUGCCGGGAAAGCCUGCUGGUCUACCAAGCUCAUGUCUUGUCAAUGGAAACCAUUAGCCAACGCAACAAUAUGGCUGCCAAUCCUUUUACCAUGAGGAUUUACACUUCAGAAAGGUUCAGCCAAGUUUGGGACAUCUCGGGAUAUAAAACAAUGAAUAAAAUUGCUCUUAGUAAAUGUUUAUCUACAAGACAUUUCCAACUGAAAACUGAAUGGAAUGUCAACUAUUCUCCAAAAGGUCAUCAGAUUUUAAACUACACGCACCAUAUAUAUCUUCCUGAAGUUGUGCAAGAUGAUGACUUUUCGACAUUAACUGUCAGGCUGGGAAGCUGUGAACCAGCAGACAUGAAGCACACUCACAAGAUAUGUAUCCUGCUCUACCAGUGUAUCAAUAGUCAGUGGUUUGUGGGUGAUGUCCAGACCCUUGAGGUUCCACAUACAGGGGAAGCUAAAAUAAAUGAUCUGAUCCCCUUAUCAAAGAGGGACAGAUACAUUAGUAAUGGCACCAUGAAGGUACAUCUCAUCACUCAAACCAAUUGGGAAAAUGAAGAAGAAAUAUAG